AUUAUGUUCCACUAAGCCGCAGAAGAGCUCCAGUCUGACACGCGCAUUCAAACCGGAGAGAGCGGCGAAAUGGAAGCCAUUCGGAUGUUCUUGUACACCUUCCUCGUGUCUCACUACUUGUGGAAAGUCGCCUUCAUCUUGUGGCUCUACAUUAGCGGGACGCCCACGGAGCUCACCAACUAUGGAUUGCCACAAUGAAGUUGGCGAGGACGAGCGGAGAGAUACGCAUCUGAGUCGUUAUGGACUGUUGUGAAAUUCUUGCGCUUCCGCUCAUGCAGGAUUUCCGCAGGAAAUCUCUCAUAUAACAGUCGGGUCUGACAUGCAAAAUGUUUUGGUGAUAAUGGAGAAAACUAUCUUUAGAAUAGUGCGUGCGUAACGGCUUGCACCUUUUUGGGGGGAGGUUGGGGCUCUGCAGUUAAUCGAUUAGGCUCGGUUUUGCCAAGUGAACUUUCAGUUGGAAGAAGUCAGCCAUGGCUUUGCCAGAUAGCAGCAUAUCCGCAGAAGAGGUACCUUUCCCUGAGAUCAUAGAGCUGAACGUCGGCGGUCAGGUGUACAUAACCCGCUAUUCCACACUCACGAGUGUACCAGACUCCCUUUUGUGGGAGAUGUUCAGCCGUAAGUCAGCCAAAGGGCUGGCGAGGGACACCAAAGGGCGAUUCUUCGUGGACAGGGACGGUUUCCUGUUCCGCUACAUCCUGGACUACAUGCGGGACCAGCAGUUGGUUCUUCCGGACCAUUUCCCAGAACGCGGGCGGUUGCAACGUGAAGCCGAGUUCUUCAACCUACCCGAGCUGGUCAAGCAACUGGCGCCCAAAAUCAGCAAGCAGAACUCACUGGGCGACGACGGGUGUCAAAGUGACCCGGAGGACUCCUCGCCCGGGACGGACGUCGCCCGGAACUUGAGCACCCUUGGAGCGGCGGCGGCAGCCUGUGCCAGCCUCGUGCCCGGUUCGGCGGACGGAAAGAGGUCCGGCUUCAUCACCAUCGGCUACCGAGGCUCCUACACCUUGGGGCGCGACAGCCACACUGACGCCAAAUUCCGUCGGGUGGCCCGCAUCAUGGUCUGCGGGAAGACCUCCCUGGCCAAAGAGGUCUUCGGGGAGACCCUGAACGAGAGCCGUGACCCGGACCGCCCGCCGGAGCGCUACACGUCCCGCUAUUAUCUCAAGUUCACCUUCCUGGAGCAGGCCUUCGACAAGCUGGCCGACGCCGGCUUCCACAUGGUGGCCUGCAACUCCACGGGAACCUGCGCCUUCGCCCAUGAGCAGACGGAUGACAAAAUCUGGACCAGCUACACCGAAUAUGUGUUCUACCGUGAGUGACGCCAUCAACCCCCCUUUCCAUAGCCUUGUCUGCAAGUGUCCCUUUCCAGUUCAAGCCCUCUCUCUAGUAGACUAUAGAUGUUCUGCCCCAGACUCCACACAAUUCCUCCCAUGAACAGUGACUCUUUGCACCUUCUCCCUCCCCUCCUUCUACCUCCAGCUUUAGCAACCCCGUCUCAUCUAGCUGUCUGCAGGAAAUGGACCUCCCGUGUACAACCCCUCUUCACAUUUCAUCUGCCUCCUUGAACGAAGCACAACUGUUUUCAUCAUUUAACUUUGUUCAAAAAACAAAAGAAAAAGGGCUUCAAAAGAGUGGCAAUUAUGGGUGGGAACAUCUGGGUACCUCACGGCCUCGAUCAUCUCACAAUAUAGCGAUACAAGAAUUAUCGAAAUCAAGCUACAGUAUUCUACGAAACAACUAUUAAAGAGGAAUUCCAGUUAUUUCUAAAUGGACAGAUUAUGAGAAUAUUUCAGUGAAACAUUUCUGUAAAUAGAUACAGCCAUACCACAUCAUUGUAGCAUUCUUCUAAAAAAACGAGUGUUUGUCUCAACUCAUUGCCUGCCAUUGAUUACAAUAGACAUCAAAUUCAUUUAAACCAGUGGUUCUUAACCUGGGUUCAAUUGAACCCCAGGGGUUCGGUAAAUAAGUAAGCGAUUUAGUGAAUGUUAAGACUCACAGGGCCGUAUUUUCAUACUCAGACUAAAGGUCAAGUGUUUGUUUAGACUAGGUUUUGGACUGUGUUGCCUCCAAUUUACAGGCCUUAUUCCAUUUCUUUCAACUCCUUGCCCUCAAACUAAUGGGAGGAGAAACUGGUUUGCUCAGUGGAAGGUUGACAGACCCACAGGCAGCGUGCACUGUGCAGAUAAUUAAAAAAACAAAAAAAAAACAAAAAAAAAAAACGAUCUGUGUCACAUUUUAUGCUUUAAAAAUAGUAUGUGAUCCAAGGAUGUGGCCAAAAAAUCAACCACAAUGGGAGUACCGUAAUUUUCGGACUAUAAGCUGCUACUUUUUUCCUUCAUUUUGAAUCCUGCGGCUUAUUUGUUGAUUUAUUUGUGUUAAUAUGGGUUAAUUUACUACAAAUACCGUAUUGGCCCGAAUUCAAGACUGUUUUUUUGCAUUGAAAUAAGACUGAAAAAGAGGGGGUCGUCUUAUAUUUGCGGUCUAGACUUUAUACCCAUUCACGACGCUAGAUGGCGCCAGAUAUCAUUAAAGCGAUGUUCUGUCAUGACAGCUCUCAGCUACUCUCAAGUUUAACCAGUUUGCAUUAUUUUAUUGCAAUGUUUUUCCUUAUUCGGAUUUGUUUCAAGGCUACAGUUACAGUUAGACUUCACUUUGAUGGUUAAUGCAGUUAUUGCAAUUUUGUUUUUUUAUCACAAUAGAUUGGUUUAUUUACAUUUCAAAAACUAAAAACCAUUCUUUUACGAAUGUGAUUGCACUUUAGUUUACAUAUUUAAAUGUUCAGAUAUUACGAUUUGAAUGAGGCAAAAUAACAUGCUUUUUCUCUCAAAUAUAUUGGUAUAACCAUUUGUUUCGGAUGUACUGUAAUUAUUUUCUGUAUAAAAAUUAAUUGGUGUUCCAAAAGUCUUUUUUCAAACAUGAGUCUUGAAAAAGAGGGUUCGUCUUAAAAUCAGGGCCGUCUUAUAUUCGGGCCAAUACGGUACAUUGGGUGUUUUGCAGUUAGUUUUCACAUUGGUCAUCACUGCUCCCUUGCAUGCAUUGCAGCACUCCAGAUGUAAAUAACAAUCAAAAUUCCUGUCCCAUGUAAUUAUUUCUUCAGUUACUGCUCCAGUUGUUUUAUUAAUUGCUAGUUAUGGUAUUUGGUAAAAGUUUAUUUGACAGUGGCGUCAUAAGACUGUUAUAAGACCGUCAUAAUUAUGACAUGACCCUAUCAUGAGCAUUACUGAAUGCUUAUGACAGAUGUCAUUAAGUGUCAUCCUGCAAAUUAUGUCACUAACUCCAUUUAUGUCCGGCUCGGAUCUUUUACAUUCAUUCAAAAGUUAGAUAAUUUGCCGGCUAACACUAAAUGACAUCUGUUAUAAGCAUUGAUUAAUGCUCGUAACAGUGUCAUGUCAUAAUUAUGAUUGUCUAAUGGCGGUCUUAUAGCGCCACUGUCAAAUAAAGUGUUACCAAAUACCAUAACUAGCAAUUAAUGAAACAACUGAUUCUUAUUUAGAUAUGGAGCACUGCAAUGCAUGCUAGGAAGCAUGUUGGACAACAACAGUGUUGACAGCAGGUGGCAGCAGAGUUUGACUGUCUCCUCCAAGGGAGCAAUGAUGGCCAAAUAAAGCUUUUUGAAGCAAUGAAGCUUUGCAGCCAAUUGGUACAAAGCUUCAUGGUUGCUCAUUUGGUCUCAUGGCAGUCAUAUGAUGCCGCUGUCAAAUAAAGGGUUACUGUUAAUAUCUUUUGGUGUUAAUAUCCCACAAUACAGAGAGGACAGCUGUGGUUUAUAGUCCAGUGCAGCUUAUCUAUGAAAAAAUGCUGUUUUCAUGUCAAAUUUGGUGGAUGGCAGCUUAUAGUCAGGUGCGCCUUAUAGUCCGAAAAUUAUGGUAUAUUAAACUCUCAUGUGAUACAUUAAAGCUGUUCAGACCAUAAGGGCACUCAAAUUCCUAUUCCCCAUGUCUAAGCAGCUGAAACAGGACAGGUUAAAAAUAAUUCAAUCAUACUGUAAAUAAGAGAAUGUAGACAUGAAAUUUCAUUUUCCAAUGUGAAAAUUAACUGCAAAACACCCACUUUGUUUGUGGUAAAUUUGAAAGAAUUUCAACUGGAAUCUGCUUGCUACCAUUGCUAUGUAUAUUGGUUGUGAAUUUGAAGAAAAAAAAGCGUCAUUAUUAAGUUCUGAAGUGUUCGGUGAAUGCACAUGGGAAACUCGUGGAGUUCGAUACCUGUAGCAAGGUUAAGAAUCACUGAUUUAAACUGUGUGGACAGGCUUCGAGUGCCAUUGACAGUGACAGACAUCCAAUUUGAUUUGACUGCGAGGAGGCCAAUAAGCAUUCGUUUAUUCGCCCCUCCCAAUCAAAAUGAAUUGGACAUCUAUUACCGUCAAUGGCAGCCAAUGAGUUAACAUAAACACAAUUCUCGUGGGAAAUUUUCCUAGCAAAUAAAGUAUCACCAUUCGAUAUAUUUUCACACCCUUAGUAGCCAUCUUAUUCUUCUCCUGGGUCAACUCGGUCCUGCUCCUCUGAAAUAAAUCAGCUCUGUAAUUGGACUUCUUAUAAGCCUCGAGGGGGAACGUGAGCGCUAAAAGAAGCAACAUGUCCUGCGAUUUUAUGUCCCGUAUCAUGCAACUGAGAUUGUGCCAUAGUGGGCUGUCUGUUAGUUUCAAAGACAAUGUCAUAAAAGAAUGGCUUAAAAGUCAUGAAAAGAGACCUUGUGGACAUAGCAAAAAGGUUGUGGUAGAGAGUGCAUUGAUUGUGCAACAGAGCUUUUAGUAGUUUAAUCACCCACGCUAGGAAGGACACGAGGGGGAGAGAGUGUUGCGCCACCAGGCUCCUCAAUGUUUGUCGUUUGUUGACAUUAUGUCGCUCAAUAGAAACCUGGCCUGCGUCAUGUUUCGACCUCGCCUCAGUGGGUCACCUCGUGGUUUCACGUCAGUAUUGUUUAAAGCUGUUGUGUAGUUGAAGUAAAUAACGGAAACGGUUCAAUCUCGCUUUAUCGUCGGCCUAUAUUUGAUUUUUUUUUUUUCCUGUGCCGUAGCUUCGCCCUUGCUUGAGAAAGGUCAGCACAUCGUCAACAUACCUCAAAUUACAACAGCUAAAAACACAGUUUUAGGAAAUAGUUCAAGCACACGUGCUGGUAUAUUAACACAUAUUUAGUACGAGAAAUUUUGGGUCGUCAGGGUUUUUGUCUGACGUUUGUUGUGAAAUGUGUGACGAAACAGACCUGCUCGCAAAGAAGUUGUUCAGCUAAAAGAUUUGUCAAAUAAAGGAUGUUCUUUCUAUUUUA